GAGUGAAGGACAGAGAGAGAGAGAGAGAAAGAUAGAGAAUGGAGUCAGUAACAGAGGGAGACACACAGAGGGAGAAAGUGAGGGACACAGAUAGAGAGACAGAGGGGGACACACAGAGGGAGAGUGAAAGGGACACAGACACGGAGAGAGAGAGAAUGGACUCAAAGACAGAGGGAGAGACACGGAAGGAGGGAGGAAGGGACAGAGAGCGAAUGGAGACAGUGACAGAGACAGAGGGGGACACACAGAUGGAGAGAGUGGGGGACACGGACACAGAGAGAGAGAGAAUAGAGACAGAGGGAGACACAGACAGAGACACAGAGAGAAUGGAGUCAGAGACAGAGAGGGACGCACAGUGUGUGUGGAUGGAAGGGAAUGUGGUGCAGACUCUCAGAGCCUUGGGGUCCCCCGGGCCGCUGGUCGAAGAGGGCAUGCUUUGCCAGGCAGCGAGCGAGGGUCCAUGCUCCCUCCACUUCACCGCCUUGUGUUCCUGGCUGGCGUCUGAGCUGAAGUCCAUAAGCCCUCUGGAGGAGUGCAUCACCCCGACGACGGGCCCUGAAGAUUCGGAAACCUUCCAACUGGAAGCCAGCGGCUUGGUGAAUGAGUUGCGCUGCCCCUAUCCGUCACUCACCACAGGCGAUGUGACCUCCAGGCUGAACAACAGAGAGAGCUGUCUCCAGCUGCUGUUGUUCCUGGGCUCGGAGCUACUGGCAGCUAGAAUCUUACACGCCAGGAAACCCUUGGCGCAGUGUCAGGUACCGAGGGACGCUGGCGAUGGUGAUUACAACGAGAUCCUCAAAGAACUGCAGCCUCUGUGCCGGACGCUGGGUAUGGCUGAACCCACCCAAGACACCCCUGUGCCCCAACUCUUUAGAGACCUGGAAACUAAACUCCGAGAUGUCAGUGCCGGGUUGCCGGAGGGCGGAGUGGGAAAAGCCCUGCUGAGCAAGAGCCUGGGGCUGGAACAAUGGGAGAACCUGAAGGAGAUCCAUCGAGCGCUGAGUGUUGAGUACAUGUGCCGCCGGCAGAUGCUGAUCACUCGCCUGGACGUGACGGUGCAGUCGUUCCACUGGGCCGAGGGAGCACAGCAACACGGAGCUGUGAUGCGGCAGCUGUACCAGCCUCUGAGAGAGGCCCUGAGCGCCAGGAGCAGUAUAACUCUGGCCCACUUGCUGUCUGCUCGCGAGGACCUGUCUGUCAUCACCAAGACCACCAGCGAAAGCAGCCGGGAGCGAACGGCCUGCCCCGUCAACAAGGUUCUGAUGGGGCCUGUGCCAGAUCGGGGAGGGAGACCCGGUGAGAUUGAGGCACCCAUGCCCUCUUGGGAGGACCGACGGAGAGGUGGCAGCGCUGGUGGGCGCAAACAGAAAUGGAGGGGCAAAGGGCGGAAGCACAAAUGAAGCUAAACCAGGAGCCGAUCCUCUUCACCCUCUGAAGACCGCUGGAGGAAUCACUUCCCCCGGGGCCUGGAUGUGAAAAUCCUGAAGUGGCUAUGUAGAGUUAGGACCUGGAGCUUCUUGGACUGGGGUGAGAGAGAAUGAGAGUGUGUGCGCGUGUGUUGGUGUGUGUGAGUGUGCGUGUGUGUGUUUGUAUGUGUGAGUGAGAGUCUGUUUGUACGUAUGUGUGUGUUUGUAUGUGUGAGAGAGUCUGUUUGUACGUGUGUGUGUGUGCGCGCGCGCGUGUGUUUGUAUGUGUGAGAGAGAGUCUUUGUAUGUGUGUGUGUGUCUUCGUAUGUGUGAGUGCGCGUGCGUGUGUGUGUUUGUAUCUGGGGGAGAGAAUCUUUUUGUACGUGUGAGAGAGUGUGUGUGUGUGUGUGUGUGUGUCUGUGUGUGUGUAUCAGUGUGAUUUUGUGUCAGUACUUGUGUGCGUGAGAAAGAGUCUGUGUGAGAGAGCGCGCAAGUCUGUGUGUGAGAAUGAGUAUGUGAGAAAGAGAAAACAUGUCUGUGAAUGUGUGUGUUCUGGACUGAUGAUGGGAGGUCGGUAUAAUUUAAGAUUAAGCCACUGUAAUGUUGGGUACCAUGAUUGAGCAAUUAAAUAUGUGCUGGGCAUUUGAGACCCUCUGAUAGUAGGAGGUUGAGGGAAGAGCUGUGUGAAUCCAUUCUGUAUUGUUAAACCAUCUUUGCGCUUGGCUCACUGUGUGAGAGAGAAAUCUCAAACCCUUCUCGAAUACAAGUGACCAACAAGUGCUUCGAAAUGUGGCGUAUAGAGAGCUCGGAAAUACUGCGUCACCUGGUCACACUAUUAGAGCCACCCAUUUCGAUGUCGAUUUGGACAGAGAGCAGGGAUUUUACCCAGGGCUGUCUGUUCAGCACCUUUCCGAGUUAACUGUCAGCCUUUGUCACAGACCCUCCUUUCUCUGUAUUCUCGGGAAAAAUAAUUUUGUUUAAAUCUUCAACAUUGCUGGAAAAAAGAUGUGGAAGCGUUUCCUGUUGCACUCAUCAGGACACAACUGCAAGAAUGUCAAAUCGCAAAGAGGAAUAACAAUUUAUAACAUGUGGGGAAAAGGCACUGAUUUUAUUUUUGUCAAAUUUUGGAUUACCGAGUGAUUUAUUGCUUUUUAUCUUGCCAACGUGUUUUGGAAGUGACCUAUGGGUUCUUUUGUUUUGUUCUUAUAUCCACUUUGUCUUUGACAAGGAAGGGAAUCGGUGCAGGGGCGAAUGGGGUCUGGUCACGCCCAGAGAAAGAAGGCGCGUUGCCCUCUUGGGUAACUGUGUGCCCAGGUGCCAGUGAAUGUCCUGCGACCCAGUGCCAUGGCUUCAGUUCAGCUGGUGCAGUUACUGGCACCUUAUUGCAGAGGGCAACAUUUGCAAAGUUUCUGUGAGAAUUCUGAAUUAAUAUUUGCUUUCUGUGUGUUUUUAUUUGCUCCCCUCGAGUUGACUGCUUUUGAUUUUGGAUGCCGGGACAAAUUUCUUUUUAAAAACAAAUAUAAAACCAAAUUGUUCCCUU